UAUGUAAAAUAAAAAUUUCUCACCAAACUACAAUUAAAGAGCAGCUUUCCACAGGACAGAUUUAAGUCCUCUUAGAGGUCAAACAAAAUUAACUUAUUUUACACACUGGAAGCGCUGGGGUUUUGUUUUAUUUUUUUAAAUUUGCCUCCCUCAUUAAGUGAACUGCUUUGGACCGUCUCGCUUUUCUCUCUGCUCCAAACUUUGAAACCAUGUGGAACCAAAAUGGUAUGUUUGCUGCCGGCGAGCCUCUUUUCACUUCCUGUCGGUAGGUACGCACACACACGCGCCUUGCGUCAUUACGCACUUCCCCUCCUCUAUGAAGUUCCCCCUCUUCUCACCGUCGCGCCGUGACGGGGAUGUUUUGGUGAAAGAAAAUACAGCGUCAAAAAGGGACGUAAACACGUUUAAAACAUGACAUUUCGGCCCAGCGGGACCUAAAGUGGCGUCGUAGGGGAGCGAGAAGGCGUCUUCGGCGAAGCUUUGGGUCCGCCUUUAUGUAUUCCUCCGCAUGUCCGCUUUCUUCGUAGAUGGUGUCCGGCGAGCGUUGUCUGGCGGCGGACGACGAGUUCUUGACGAGUAACAUGAAGGAAAUGAUUGGAGGGUGCUGUGUGUGUUCAGACGAGCGAGGCUGGGCGGAAAACCCGCUGGUGUACUGCGACGGACACGGCUGCAACGUCGCCGUGCAUCAAGCCUGCUAUGGCAUUGUGCAGGUGCCCACUGGUCCUUGGUUCUGCAGAAAGUGUGAAUCUCAGGAGCGAGCAGCCCGCGUGAGGUGCGAGCUCUGUCCCCACAAAGAUGGAGCGCUCAAGAGGACGGACAACGGAGGCUGGGCCCAUGUGGUUUGUGCCCUUUACAUACCUGAGGUGGAGUUUGCUAAUGUGUCAACUAUGGAGCCCAUAGUACUCCAGUCUGUGCCACAUGAGCGCUACAAUAAGACAUGUUAUAUCUGUGAGGACCAGGGGAGAGAGAGUAAAGCAGCCACUGGAGCCUGUAUGACCUGCAACAAACAUGGCUGCAGACAGGCCUUCCAUGUCACAUGUGCCCAGUUUGCAGGAUUGUUAUGUGAGGAACAGGGAUCAGAUGCAGACAAUGUCAAAUACUGUGGAUAUUGCAAAUACCAUCACAGCAAAUUGAAACAUAAGGAGCGAGACCGGCACAAACCGAAACACAAGAAAACCUCCAUGGACAUGUCCCCCUCCCUCAUCCUUCCAAACAUCAUGGUCCCAGAGAAGACCUAUAACAGUGGCAAUUCAGGGGGAGGUGUCUCCUCUCUGCAAGCGUCUUCGCAGAAGCGAUUAGAUGACAGCGCAGCGCGUUUUACCAACGCCAACUUUCAGGAAGUGUCGUCUGCUCACUCUGGCAGCAGUUCCAAGGACGCCUUGGCUGCAGACAGCGUCAAGGCUGCGACUGAGGUGAAGAACAAGAAGAACAGCGGUGGAGGUCACACGGUGGGACCGAGGGGCGGCCGCAAGUCUCUCACCUCCUCAGGGAAACCCCUCCCCUCUGCUGUGGUCACCAUGGCAACUUCCUCUACAUCUGCCUCAGCUUCAACUGGGCCUUUCCAUCAAGGCCUCUUGUUGACCAGUGCCAGCAAGACCCCCUCUGCUCCUUCCUCCUCAGACUUCCUAAGUUUCACAGAUUCAUCGUUGCGUCCCGGUGGUGGAACUACCUUCUCCUCCCCACCGUCUUUCAGCAGCUGCCUUGUGAAGCCAGGCUCAGAGGGUGGAGCUUCAGAGGGAACUACAACUCUCUUUGGUUCUCUUAUGUCUGCAACCACAGCUUCAGCAGUGGGUGGAAAGCUGUAUGAGAAUUACCACAGUCACACAGCGAGUGAGACGACAAGCCUUGUUGGGUCCACUGGCUACAAACGGCCUCAGCCCUCGAGCUCAGGACUGGGGAUCAGCGGUGCAGCCGCAGGAGGAGGGGAAGAUGGGGUAAAGAAGAAAAAGAAGGGCAACUGGCGAAACAGAUUUGGACCCUGCUUUACCACAGACGUGAAGCCUUCUGAGCCCGCACCCUCCCUAACUCUCCCCACCACCUCCACCGCCAACACCACCUCCUCCUCCACCGCCUCGCCUUCCUCCUCUUCGUCCUCAACGCUCUCAGGUCGCCCAUGCUUAGUUUCCAGCAGUGGAUUAGGGGUUGGGGUAGGAGGAGGAUCAGGAGGAGGAGGAGAGAGGGGGCUGGGGGUCAUGGGCGUCAGCGGUGGGAUUCAAAAGUCGCCGUCACUCCUCAGGAAUGGGAGUCUGCAAAGCAACAGCAGCUCUACAACCACUGGGUCAGGUGUUUUCUCUGUUGCCGAUGGGUCCUCAUCCGGGACGGGAGCCGUCGCCAUGGGCGGAGCCAACUCAGAGUUGUCACAGCAACAGCAGCCCACACCUUCUCUAGCCCCUCCCUCUCCAUUCACUGCCACAGCGCCGCUAAACAGCACGGCAUCAACACACGUGAGCGCUCUCCCAGGCUCUGUCUUCAACCUGGCCCCCCCCCACAUGUUUGGCAACAGGCUGAACCCCAACUCGACCAUGGCGGCGCUCAUCGCACAGUCCGAAGCCUCACCAGCAGAUCAGGAGGCGGGAGACGGCAGCAGCAGCGGCGGUUGUGUCGGAGCUCAGGGCUUCUCCAUAAGAGCUUCUCCCAAGACCACCCCGCGCUCUCCGAUUGGUGGCCUGCAGAUCCGCUAUGACUCUUCGGGGUCGUUGCCGGGGCCGGGGCAGGGGUUGCUAGGGGCGGGAGGAGGCGGGGAGACGUUGCCCCCAGUGGCCACCAGCAUUGAGCAGCUCCUGGAGAGGCAGUGGAACGAAGGGCAGAGCUUCCUGCUGCAGCAGGGAGCGCAAGGAGACGUGGUGAGCAUGUUGAAGUCUCUGCACCAGCUCCAGGAGGAGAACAGGAGGCUGGAGGAGCAGAUAAAAACUCUGACCAUGAAGAAAGAGAGACUGCAGCUUCUCAGCGCACAGCUAUCAGUGCCUUUCACACCUGCCACGGCCUCCUCGGAUGUGAAGGGAGCCCAGCCGGGAGCAGCUGACUCAUCUUUACCUGUGGCGACUCAGGAUAGUGCAUCUUGUGGCGGUCACAGCAGUAGUGGUUCCACCUCCUCCCUCUCCACGCCUCCCUCGGUGUCCCAGAGUCCACCUCAGCCACAGCUCAAUGGGGUCGCCUCCGUAGGGGCGACCCCGGCUGGGUUGGGCGGCGUGGCGGGGCUAAUGGGGGCUCUGGGCGCAGGGAGUGCGCUGGGCAUGGGGGGAAUCGUUGGGGCUCUGAACGGCGUGAUCCAGACGCCGGCCGGCACCUCCAGCCCUCACACACACACUACAGGAGCAGCUACAGGCGUCACUUUGCCCGUCAAUAACAACAACUCGGCAACUAGUAAGACCAGUGCGGCGCGAAUCGGCCUGCUGUCUGAGCAGCAGAGAUUGCUCCUGCAGCAGCAUCAGCUCCACCAGCUGCUGUCCUCACAGCCUUCAGUGGAGCAGCAGCAGGUGUUGCUCUACCAACUGAUGCAGCAGCAGGACCUCCAGCAGCUGCAGUCCCUCUCCUCCUCUGCCCAGAUUCCCUCCAUCCCACUCUCUUCCGCUCAGCUGCCCAUCAACAACUUGCUGCCCGGCGCCCAGAGCCAGGGCCAAGGCACCAUCACCGCCAACCCCUUCCUGGCGCUGCAGCACGCACACGCCGACACGCAUGGCUCAGGGGCGCAGAAGCCUCGGCUAGCCGAAAAAGCCGUGGGCGUCGGAGGGCAAGAGAAGACGUGACGGCAUAUGUUCUUUUUGUUUCCUUUUUUUCUUUUUAUUGUUUUGGUUUUUUUUUUUUACAUAUAUAUAAAUA